ACUCUGGCCACAGACACCCAAAGACCACAAUGUUGCGCGCUGUCUUCUUCAUAGGAAUUACGCUAUCGACCUGUUUGGGUGCCCCCGAUAAAAGGGCGGUGAAAAUCGAUGCUGGUGGAUGUGGAUUAAGGCCACUGUUGUCAGAUAAUGGAGCCUCAGAGAUCAACGGCAGGAUUGUGGGAGGAACCGAAGCCGUGCCUUUCUCUUGGCCUUCUAUCUGCAGUUUCAUGACCAACACCGGGUACCACAUCUGUGGGUCCACGCUGGUGAAAAACAAAGCUGGAGUGUACUACUUAGUCACAGCGGCUCACUGCAUUAGUCAACGACGCCCGAGGAACUACAUGGCCCGCUGCGGAAUGCACUCUAUGUCUGGUAGCAACCCCAACAGUGUGCUCCUGACCUUCAGUGCAAUGAGUGUGCACGGGGGUUACAGUGACGUCACCUUUGAGAACGACAUUGCCAUCUUUACCCUGACGACUCAACCGCCCACAAACGACUACGUCCAACCAGCGUGUAUCGCUAGCAAGGCUUACUUCGGCGGAGAGCCUGCUAUCGUGGCAGGAUGGGGAACCCUUUCUUACGGAGGUGAAAUGGCUUCGAAACUCAAGCAGGUAAAUAAGCCAAUCAAACCAGACUCCACCUGCUCCAGUCGCUACCCACUCGAAUUCGACGCCACGUCCAUGAUGUGUGCUGGGGAGCCAGAAGGAGGUGUUGACGCCUGCCAGGGUGACAGUGGUGGCCCUCUGUACACAUACAGAAAUGGCGAAUGGACACUUACGGGCGUGGUCAGUUGGGGUUACGGCUGUGCCGCACCACGAAACCCUGGAGUGUAUGCUGACGUGCACAACCUGCUCUCCUGGAUCGACAACGUCAUCAACUAAUUCCAACAGCAGCAGCAGUUCUUUCGUUAUUGUUCUCAAUAAAGAGCAGAGAAGGAAGAAGAAGAAAAAUUA